GGGUGGCUGGGUGUUUAUUUCUGGGUUGUAAGCAGCUGAUACCAGCCCAGCUGAAGCUGGGGCUCCUUCCCUUGUGGGUUCAGAGGUGCUAGAGGUACGAGGCUCCGCCGGCCUCCUCUCCGGCCACACCCCAAGGCCACAGUGCAGAGACCGGCUGCCACCCCAGGGCCACUGCUAUCAGCAUGGCCGAGGCCACAGCAGACCCCAGAACAGGAGGCCAGCUGGAGCAGAAGAUCCUGCAGGCACUGAGGAAGGCUGGCUCCGCUGUGCACACCCGACUGCUCGUGAAGGAAUGCCAGGUGCUCAAGCAGGAGCUCAACCGAGUCCUCUACCGGAUGCAGAAGGAGUCGAAAGUCUCUCUUGUGGCCCCUGCGACCUGGCACUUGGGCGGGGGUGAUCCUGGCGACGCAGCUCCCACACAGCCAGCCCAGCCCAGCAUCGAGGAAAGGAUCCACAGCUUUCUGGAAGCCAGCGGGCCCUGCAAGGCCCUGCAUAUUGCCAAGGCCCUGGGCAUGAGGACGGCGAAGGAUGUGAACCCAGACUUGUACCGGAUGGGCAUCAGUGGCCUUCUGAGCUGCGACGAGAAGUCCAAAGAGUGGAGGGUCUCCAGAGCAGGAGAUUCUGGAAUUAAAAAUCAGUCAGCCACAAUUAUUUACCAGCAGAGUUCAGUCAACAUGAUCUAUCAGAGCCAGAUUUCCAUCAUGAACUCUGAAGCCACACAGAUUGGACAUGGAAACGUCAUAGCAAAGCAGGGGCAGAAUGGCACCACGACUGCUCACCGUCUCCCUCCAGUGGCACCAGGUGAUUCUCCAGCUCAGGGGCCCCCAGCUGGUAUCUGGGGACCCCAGGACAUCCACAUAGAGAGUUCGAUCCUCCGAAGGGUGCAGAUGGGACAUGGCAAUGAGAUGAACCUUCUCGGGGUCCCAUCUGAAGGCCCUGCCUCCAGCCUGUCCUGCAGCCCUCCAGCUACUGCUGCCGGCACAGAUGCCUCCUUUGAAGCCAGAAUGCCCAAGCAGGGCCCUCACCAGGAGGAGGACACAGUCCAGAGAAUUCGCAUCAAAUCCUGCUACUUCGAGGAUGCCACCAUCGGCAACAGUAACAAAAUGACCGUCAUCAGUGAGGCUGGGCGGCCAGGAAAGGAUGGCAGGAAGGACCCUGGGGAGCAGCAGGAGGACCCAGGUCCUCCUCCGGAAGCCUCGGGAUCUGGAAGCAGUUUCCCUCCGGAAGUUGGCCGGGCUCUGCCAGCCGUGACGCUGCCCACCCCUGAGCUGAGUGCCCUGACUCUCGGGAACCCUGAUGCUUCGGAACAGUCUCUGAGCGAGGGCCCCAGAUGGGAGGGGUGAGGGGCUGGGUCAGGGGUCAGGUUAGGGUUGGGAGGGGCCCAGGAGGAUGAGCCAGGAGCAGGUGCACACUAGGGGCCCACGGUGCUUCCUGCACCCCACACACAGCAGCUGUGACUGCCCGCUUCCAAGCAAAUGCCUGCCCGAGUGGGCUUGGAGGCUAGGCCUGGCCCAGGGAUGGAAUCAGGCUGAGUCUGCUGCUAGGCGGACAAGGAGCCACCUUGGAGACCCUUUGGUGUCUCAGCCAGCCCUGCCCGGCUGUGUCUCUGCUCCCUCCCGUGGCCCACCCAAAUCACCUUCCAUCAUGGCUGCCUGCCCUGUCUGACGUUCCAGGCUGGAACUCAACAGUGUCACUGCACUCAUUGGGGGUGAUGGGGCCCCCAGGCCCCACCCUCGGGCGCGGCCUGAGAAGAAGGCCCAGGGAGGCAUCUUUGUCCCUUUUUCAAGUAGCAACAAGGUGCAUCUUUGGAGCAGAGAACAGCCCCCAUCAGACACUGAAUCUCCUGGUACCUUUAUCUUGGAAGUCCUAACCCCUAAACUGUGAGAGAUAAAUUUCUGCUCUUUACAAA